AGCCUGUGUAAGUGUGUGUGUGUGAGAGAGAGAUAUGACGGGGAAAGCAAAUUGCUUGCUAGCUAGUACUGAUUCCUUUGGGCUUUGUUUUGGAGUUGCUUCAUAUGAAUGGUGGAUAUUUUUGUUUGGGUUGUGGUCCCUUAAGCUAGUUGAACAGUUAUGAUGGAUUUCUCCCACCUUCCCAAAAUCCGCGAUGAAGACAAAGAGAGCUUGUUUGGUUAUGUCCAUGGAGUCUCAGGACCUGUCGUCACUGCCUGCAACAUGGCAGGUGCAGCUAUGUAUGAGCUGCUACGAGUUGGCCACAGCGAGCUUGUAGGGGAGAUUAUCCGGCUAGAAGGUGACAUGGCUACUAUCCAGGUGUAUGAAGAAACCUCUGGCGUUUCUGUAGGAGAUCCUGUACUUCGUACAGGCAAGCCACUCUCGGUGGAGCUUGGCCCUGGCAUCAUGGGAGCCAUUUUUGAUGGUAUUCAAAGGCCUCUGUCAGACAUCAGCACUCAGACCAAAAGUAUCUACAUUCCCAGAGGAGUCAACGUGACAGCUCUGAGCCGAGACGUCAAGUGGGACUUCGUGCCUGCCAAAAAUCUGCGGGUUGGCAGUCACAUCACAGGUGGAGAUAUUUAUGGCCUAGUGAAUGAGAACUCCCUUAUCAAACACAAGCUCAUGUUACCGCCACGAAACAGGGGCACAGUAACGUACGUUGCUCCACCUGGGAAUUAUGAUGCAUCUGAUGUUGUAUUAGAGCUGGAAUUUGAGGGUGUGAAAGAGAAAUUCACUAUGGUCCAGGUCUGGCCUGUACGGCAAGUGCGUCCCGUCACUGAAAAGUUACCUGCCAACCAUCCACUCUUAACAGGUCAAAGAGUCCUUGAUGCACUCUUUCCGUGUGUUCAAGGAGGUACCACUGCUAUUCCUGGGGCUUUUGGCUGUGGAAAGACUGUGAUUUCACAGUCUCUGUCUAAAUAUUCCAAUAGUGAUGUAAUCAUCUAUGUAGGCUGUGGGGAACGAGGAAAUGAAAUGUCUGAAGUGCUCAGAGACUUCCCAGAGCUCACAAUGGAAGUUGAUGGCAAAAUUGAAAGUAUUAUGAAGAGAACAUCUCUUGUAGCAAACACCUCCAACAUGCCUGUUGCUGCCAGAGAAGCUUCUAUCUACACUGGGAUUACCCUGUCUGAAUAUUUCCGUGACAUGGGCUACCAUGUCAGUAUGAUGGCUGAUUCGACAUCCCGAUGGGCAGAGGCCCUUAGAGAAAUUUCAGGGCGUCUUGCUGAAAUGCCUGCUGACAGUGGUUAUCCAGCCUAUCUUGGUGCCCGUCUGGCCUCUUUCUAUGAAAGGGCUGGUAGAGUGAAAUGUCUGGGAAACCCAGAGAGGGAAGGGAGUAUCAGCAUUGUUGGAGCUGUAUCUCCUCCUGGUGGUGACUUCUCGGACCCAGUUACUUCUGCUACUCUGGGCAUUGUUCAGGUAUUCUGGGGCUUGGAUAAGAAGCUUGCUCAACGUAAGCACUUCCCAUCUGUGAACUGGCUGAUCAGCUAUAGCAAGUACACUCGUGCUCUGGACGAGUACUAUGACAAGCACUUCCCAGAAUUUGUUCCCCUGAGGACUAAAGCAAAGGAGAUCCUGCAGGAAGAGGAGGAUCUUGCAGAGAUUGUACAGCUGGUGGGGAAGGCUUCCUUGGCAGAAACGGACAAAAUUACACUGGAAGUUGCUAAGCUCAUUAAAGAUGACUUCCUGCAGCAAAAUGGCUAUACCCCAUAUGACAGGUUCUGUCCAUUCUAUAAAACAGUGGGGAUGCUGUCUAACAUGAUUGCAUUCUAUGAUAUGGCACGUCGAGCUGUUGAAACCACUGCCCAGAGCGACAAUAAGAUUACUUGGUCCAUCAUCAGAGAGAACAUGAAUGAGAUUCUUUACCGACUCACCUCAAUGAAAUUUAAGGACCCAGUGAAAGAUGGGGAGCAAAAAAUCAAAGCCGACUAUGCCCAGCUCUUUGAAGACAUGCAGAAUGCAUUCCGCAGUUUGGAAGACUAGAGCCAUGAUGCUUUCGUGGAGCCUUGCUCGAGUGUGUUCCUCAUCUCAGCUCUCUCCCUUUCCCAUUGAUAGGAGAGAGAGACAUACAUUUCCCUGAAGAUUAUCUUUAUCUGCAGACACAUUCCUAUUCAGUUUGAUUAGCUUUGCUUUGUGUGUAUGUGUGCGUGAGAGACUGGGCGUGAGAAGAUAAAGCAGGUUUCACGAACUCCUUUAAGCUUGGAAGUCUCUGCCAGACUUGAUGUCAUUUCUGUUUCUAAGAACCACCAGAAGAGUGAUCAUGCAGCUUUCUUCUAGGAGCAAAAGUGCACUCUUGUGUACGGAUGGCGUAAGGGCAGUUGAAACCGUUUUCCUAGUUAACUGCCAUGCAUUUGAGGUAGGUCUGAUGCUUCAGAGUUAGGGAUUAAGAGCUACUGCUGCUACCAUGAAAAAUCAAGGCUAUUUUUUAAAAAACUUACUUUGUUACAAUACUGUUUCAGCACCUCCCCUGUCCUUUGGCACAUGUGCUGAAAAUCUGCAGGAUUUAGAACUGUUGGGCAAAGAGGAGAACACAACAAGAUUUCAUGUGCCCAACUCUUUAAUUAUCUGAAACAGAAUUGCUUUCCUAGACCACUUUUUAAAUCUGUGAUUGCGCUUGGCACUCAAAGCCAUGAAUGCUUGUAAUUUCCUAUCGGAAGGACUUUUACCUUCUCUUGUUCCUCGCACCCCUCUCCCACAACAUGGAAAUGGUGUUGGCAGCUUGUUUUUCUUUCUACAUGCAGUGCGUGAUAAUCUGUGGACCAAGCAGCCAGUCUCUCCUACCUCCUAAAAUGUUUACUUUCUAGCACAAUCCCUUGGCUUAUUAGAGUAAACUUGGGAGCUACAAGCUGUUUACUCUGGCUGUUAGGGGGUUUUGUUUUUUUUUUUAACUUCCACCUAUAGAAUAGCUGGAUUCUGAAAUUAUAAGGGCAGAGAAUGUUCACCCCACGCAAAGCUGCUGACUGUAGAAUGUGUGCCAUCUUCUCCUUGCCUGUGACUUGCAAGACUCAUGGGUGAUCUUGCUCAACCACCUUCCAAUAUCUGGAUAUUUGCUGUUCCCAAUGCUUACGUUUAAUCACAAGUUCAGUAAUGAGAACACUUUAAUGGGUUUUCUCCUCCUAAAACAUCUUUGUAACAGUUCUUAACGGCUACAGAAAAGGAGAUCCCAGUGAGUAGCAGCUAACAACUCUUCUGAGGGAGGUUUAUUUUUUUUAUUUUUUAUUUUUGGAAAAUCUUAGUAAUAAUCAAGGUUGUGGAAUACAUAUAUUUGCAGGCUCCAUUUGUACUUUGUGUAAUGACCAAAUAAAAAUCCCUCCCCCUCCCAAGUCUAAUGCUUUUGCAAUGGAUUUGCUUUAGCUGUGGACUACUGGAAUUUGUUUCUAAUGUGAUAUCAGAUUAAUGGUCUGGAGCCCAGCAGAAAGUAAGUGAGUGUGUGUGUGUGCCCCCCCCAAAAAAAACCUUGACUGCCCUCAAUUAAGUUACAGUUACACUUAAAACUGCAUCUGAAAUUCAGUGCAGAACUGAGGAGUUAAUUAUCAUUGUGCAAAAGUGUGGUGUAUGGAUGAUUAGUGAAAGCCCUCUUUCUGAAAUCCUUAUUGACUGUACUGUGUUGUAGCAUUUAUGCCUAGGGAACUGUUCUAAUUGCUUUAAGAGGAUGUUGUAACAUUUUACAAAGGAUGUCCAAACACAGGUAUUUAUUGUGCUGUACCUAGCUCAGAAAUGGCCAGUUCAGUCUCAGAUAUAUUGUCUCCUUUUUUGUGUCUGUGUUUUCAGUGUUAGAAAAACUGAUGUUUGCUGUAUUACAGCAAACUGUUUGGCCUACCAGAAAGUGAAAAAAAUAAGAUUGGGGAAAAUUCCUGUAUAAUAUAUUAGUAUGUUGCUAAAAGUUGUGCACAUUUGUUCCAGUCAUUGAGAAUAAAAAGCAGAUUGAAAAUA